AAUAGUGCCACAGAACAUCAAAUAAGAUGCAAGAAAGCCAAAAAUACAGUAAUCCAAUGUAAUUUAAUCGCUUCAGGCACAAAAUCGGAAAUUGGUUUGGGGAAUGAAGCUGAGUGACGGAGACGAAAUUGAGUAUUGGAAAACGGCCUAGGCCUACAAUCAUGCCAACUGUAGCAUCAUUGCCAUCUAUAGUUGGGCCGGCCCAACUACAGCUCAGGGGUCCAGUGUGCAUGUGCCAAAGUCAUUGUCAAGUUAUGAAGUGCAAUUUUCAGAUAAAUUAUGUCAAGUGUGAGCAUAUGGUAACGGAACAAGACAUUUCAAAAUUGCUAUCCUUUUUGAAAGGGCUCUCUGAUCAAGUGUCAGAUGUGUCCAGCAGUAUACAAUCUCUGCUCAAGAAAGUAGACAGUGGGGAGAUAUCAACUUCAAAAGGAAUAACAUUCCUGGAGGUCAAGUAUCAUCUCCUGCUGAGUUACCUGAUGAAUCUGACAUACGUCAUGUUGCAAAAAACAGAAGGGCGCAAGCUGAGUGGCUGUCCAGCAGUUGACAGACUGGUUGAAAUGCGAACAGUUCUGGAGAGAAUGCGACCCAUUGACCAGAAGCUGCAGUACCAGGUGGAUAAGCUUGUCAAGACGGCACUGACUGGGGCCAUAGCAGAGAAUGAUCCCCUGAGAUACAGGCCUAACCCUGCCAACCUCAGGAGUAAGCUGGAGGAAGAAGAGAAUCAAGAUGAAAGCAGUGAGGAGGAAGAGGAGGAAGCAAAGCCCAAGAAAUAUGUCCCACCGAAGGUAGUUGCUAUGCACUAUGAUGGUGACGAGACAGUGAAACAGCGGCAAGAGAAACAACUGGAGAAAGCAAAGAAGAGAGCUCUGAGCAGCGCCCUCAUGCAGGAACUCAAGGGAGAAUACUUUGAUGGUCCUGAAGAAGUUAGAGAAGGUGUUAAUUUACACAGACUGAAAGAGGACAAAGAGGCAAGACAUAAGAUUGAAUAUGAGGAAGAUUACUUUGUCCGUCUCCCUGUAACCAGGAAGGAGAAGCAAGCUCAGCGAAGGCUGGCCACAACCUCUAGUCUAAAGUCGCUGACCCGCUUUGAUGACAUCACUGCCCUGGAUCAGACACGUGAAGAUAUGCCUGCUAAGAAGAAGAGGAAGUUGCCAAGCAAGUUGCGGAAGAAGCUACAAAAGAGUGCAGCCAAGAAGAGGAAGAGAAAGUUCUGAGUUCACGUAUCCAUCCUUUUUACAGGCUGAAAAUCGUAGGCACAUAAUCAUGUACCGGUACAUGUUGCCUUGCUGUGACCAAAACUGUUGGAAUUCAGGGAAGUCAUUAUGAAUUCAAUUGUUACACUUUGUAAUGUCAUUCUUGUGCACCCUUAAAAAGUUACUAGUUUAACCUUUUACCUGUGGUAUAAUUUUUGGUGAAAAUGUCAACCUUUUAAAAAAGGCAAGAUAGAACUGUAUAUGUCGAGUAUUUCUCACCACAACUUCCUAUUUUUCAACACCCUGAAGGGUCAUUUGCAGCAGUUAAGUUCAAGUUCAAACACAUGGACUACCUCCACAGAUCUUUUGGUCUUUGUGGAUGUGUGUGUACAAAACAAACUUGCCUUUGUAAGGAGAUCAAAUAGGAUGAAAUAAAUUACACACAAAAACUAUUAACCUUAACUCUGCAGUUACUAAUGAAAUCAUAUGUAUGCUUGUUGGAUUCAGAAUGAUUAGGGGAAAGAACAUUAGUCUUGAAUGUUGGUAAACAUUUCCAACAAAUCAGUUAUGAUUGCAGUUUUUGUUGAUUCAAAGAACAGCAGUACUAAGUAUCUUCAACGGGAUGUCUAGAAAAUAUCACGUUUUUCACCAUUUACAAAUACAGUUUAUCGGUUUGAUAUGCCAAAGUUUUUCCUUGAUGCUGUCAUUAAAAAAAGCUGGUAAUAUUUUUGGCUCCUUCGUAUUCCCAAUAUACGUUUGGACAUUAUGUUGAAUUUAAUCAAACACUGUGUGAAAUCUUGAGUAAAGAACUGUAAGCGGAUGUCGUCAUUCUCUUGUAUAUGAUACAAGUGCACAGUCUCUCUAUUGAGUACAUUCAGAAUGUGCCAAAACACUUCUGUGUUUUAAGAAAAAGUAUUACAGAAGAGAACGAUGACAUCUGUACUCAUCACAGUGUUUCAGAUGGUCCAUUUCAGAAUUGAUAGUUCUCGAGUUAACUUCUGUUUUAAAAGAAAGGUUUUAUACUUAUGUGUGUAUGUUUACUUAUCUGUGUAUCAGUUGUUUUUUGGAUCAGAUGCUUGACAUUAAGAGCAACAGGUACUUAAAACAAUUACACAUAGUGUCUUUCAAAUAGGAAAUCAGAAAUGGGGGUGCAUUGCUUAUAGCCACAUGCAAGUGUAUACUUAUACUUUAUUUUAGCUAGUUUUCCUCUUUCGUCUGAUAUCAAAUAUUUGCCUGCUUGCUUUUUGUUUUAAAUUCUUGAUGAUGCUGAGUUGAAACAAACUACCGAGAUGCAAACUGAAAAAUAAAAUAGGUGUAUUCUGGAAAA